ACGGGAAGAGGAAACCCUUCCAGACUCACCGGCUUCGCCGCAGCUUCCGAUGCGAUCCGAAUGGAGGCGCCUCCGGCGGAGGCUCGACGGCAGCGGACGCUGUCGGAGAGCGAGGCGGCGGAGGGAGAGCCCCUCCUCGUGGCUGAGCUGAAGCCAGGACGGCCUCAGCAAUAUGACUGGAAAUCGAGCUGUGAGACGUGGAGUGUGGCCUUCUCCCCAGAUGGUGCCUGGUUUGCCUGGUCUCAGGGCCACUGUGUGGUCAAGCUGCUUCCCUGGCCUUUGGAGGGGACUGAGCAGAACUGCAAACCUUUGGAGCGCAAGACCCUGUGCGUGAAAACGGAGGCCAGGGCCCGAGGCGGAGCCAAGGAGAAGACGUUGGAAUGUGGGCAGAUAGUUUGGGGCCUGGCCUUCAGCAAUUGGCUCCCUUCCCGCUCGAGGAAGUACAUCCUGCGGGCGCCGGGCACUUCCUGUUUGGUCCUGGCCACAGGAUUGAACGAUGGGCAGAUUAAAGUCUGGGAGGUGCAGACAGGGUGUUUGCUGUUCAACCUCUUGGGGCAUCAAGAUGUGGUGAGGGACUUGAGCUUUGCACCGGGCGAAAGCUGCUCCAUCCUCGUCUCCGCCUCCCGUGACAAAACCCUGCGCGUCUGGGACCUGAGUCAAAACGGGAAGCAACUGAAGGUGCUGUCCGGACACGUGCAAUGGGUCUACUGUUGCUGCAUCUCUCCCGACGGGCAUAUGUUGUGUUCUGCCGCUGGAGAGAAAUCGGCCCUGCUCUGGAGUAUGUCCUCGUACAGCCUCCUCCGAAGACUCGAAGGGCACCAGGGCUGCGUUGUGUCCUGUGAGUUCUCUCCGGACUCGGCUCUUCUUGCGACCGCCUCGUACGAUACGUUCGUGAUCCUCUGGGACCCCUGUACGGGGGAGCAGCUGCGAUCCCUCUGCCACAUUCCAUUGCAGUCUGCUCUGGACCACGGCAGCGACUUCCACGCCAGCUCCCUGCGAUCUGUCUGUUUCUCACCCGAAGGCCUUUACCUCGCAACUGUGGCGGAUGACAGGCUCCUGAGGAUCUGGGCCUUGGAGCUCGAUAGCCCGGUUGCCUUUGCCCCGGUGAAGAACGGUCUCUGCUGUACCUAUUUCCCACAUGGCGGGAUCAUCGCUACAGGGACAAGGGAUGGCCACGUCCAGUUCUGGACUGCUCCGCAAGCGCUCUCUUCUCUGAAGCACCUAUGCCGCAACGUUCUCCGCGGCCGCUUCACGACUCACCAGGUGCUGGCACUGCCCAUCCCAAAAAAGAUGAAAGAGUUCCUCACCUACAGGACUUUGUGACCCCGAGGACCGCGGCGGCUCAACCAAGCAGGGCAGUUACUUGCCGGUUGCUUUUCUUUAAAAACACAGUGAGGUUCACGCCACGGCUGGUGCUCUGCAGGAAAGAGGCCAAAGGUCUUACUUUCUUCAGCACGGGGCUGUGCAGUAACUUUAUAUCUGCGAACAUUACCACAAAUGCCGUCGGCUAGGGAAGAUACGUUCAACCUCUUUCGCGCCAGCCCCCAGGAAAAACGGGGUGGAUCUUCAGCCUACCUGACCCAACAGCAAAUGAGGCUUUAUUUUCCCCACCAGCAUUUCUUUGUUUAACAUAAAGGCUCCCUCUUGGGAUAUCAAAAGCUGGAACAUCUCCGGAGUCACAAGAGAACAAUUGUUGCCCACAAUUCUUAUCUUUCAGCCUGCAAAUGGCUGCUGGUCGUUAAUUUUUGUUGUUGUUGUUGUUAUUUCUCCUGGUCUAGAAGGAGAAAGCUUGAUCUGUAUCACUUCCUUCAAGAAGAAUGAAAACCUUUCCUGCCUGAAUGCGUGCUGCUGGUAGAUCUCUACCCAUUUGCCCUUUAUGGAGAGCUGGCAGCUGAAGUUAUGGACGUUCGUUGGACUUUGGAUGGAUUAGGAAGAACGUCCUUUGCAUGGAUAAGCGAUCGUAGGGACAUUUCAAAGUUCACUGUCGUUUCAGGACAAAUUCUUUUCCUGGCGGACCCAAAUGUGAUGGGAGUUGUGUUUAUUUCAACAGCGGCAUGAAACUAACAAAAGUGGGACGAUAGAGCACCCGCUGUUCAACCACAGGCUGUGAGAGCUACAGCCGUCUAUAAUCAUUGGUCAAUUGUGGUGGUGUUGUUUCAAUGUCAGGAGCAUGAAAAUGGAGGGUCCCCAACUGGAUGCAUAGAGGCAAAUGCUUCACUGAAGGCUCCACAUUGGUGCAGGGGAGUCAGAUGGCCUUCUCUCUCUCCGAUCUGUGUCUGUGCCAGGGAUGGGCAAUUCGUGGUCCUCCAGAUGCUUUGGCCUACAACUCCCAUGAGGCCUUCCUAGCAUAGCCAGUGUUGAAGGCUGAUGGGAGCUAUAGGCCAAAACAUCCGGAAGGCUGCAAGUUGCCUGUGCCAAUGGGGAAUAUAUUGGGCAGAACCGAAUUGAAGAGGCCUGGAUUUUCUAGCAGUAGUGGUGGGUGUUCUCGCUUGCUGGCUUGGAGGUAAUCUGCAUCACUCAGAGGCGGACAUCAAUCCCUUUCGGUUGCAUUGCUUUCGGCAGGCGACGCAGCCGCACUGUGGCACUACUCUCGGGUAAACGCCGCUUUAAACACACCCCUGAAGCUACAUCCGGGUGCAAGUUGACUUUAAGACGGUGCUAGCGAAUGUAUUAACGUGUCGAGAAUAAAUAUCAGUUGCUGGUUUUUCAAGGUAUAA